UCCCGCUGGAUGCUGAGGCGUCGUUUCCUGGUGACAUGGCGUCAUUGGACCGGGUGAAGGUGCUUGUGCUGGGGGAUUCGGGUGUUGGGAAGUCAUCUCUUGUCCACUUGUUGUGUCACAACCAGGUGUUGGGAAAUCCAUCAUGGACAGUUGGUUGCUCAGUUGACGUUCGGGUUCAUGACUACAAAGAAGGCACACCAGCUGAGAAAACCUACUACAUUGAACUGUGGGAUGUUGGUGGAUCUGUAGGCAAUGCCAGCAGCAUUAAAAGCACUAGAGCUGUCUUUUACAACUCUGUGAAUGGUAUAAUACUAGUGCAUGACUGUACUAACAAAAAGUCGUCCCAGAAUCUAUAUCGGUGGUCAUUAGAAGCAUUAAAUAAGGACACCACUCCCACUGGAGUCAUAGUGACAAAUGGCGAUUAUGAUCGAGAGCAGUUUGCAGAUAAUCAGAUUCCAUUGUUGGUCAUUGGUACUAAAUUGGAUCAAAUUCAUGAAAAUAAAAGGAAUGAGGUGUUGACAAGGACUGCAUUCUUAGCAGAAGAUUUCAAUGCAGAAGAAAUUAAUCUGGAUUGUACCAAUCCACGAUGUUUGGCUGCAGGAUCUUCUAAUGCAGUGAAACUAAGCCGUUUUUUUGAUAAAGUGAUAGAAAAGAGAUAUUUUUCACGCGAUGUUAAUCAGAUUCCAGGUUUCGCUGACCGCAAGCGAUAUGGAACAGCAGGCACAUUCAAGACCCUUCAUUAUGAUUAAACAGAAUUGCCAGUGGAUCACACAAUGCUGGGACAGGACACAUCUGCCCGAUGCUUUGCACCACCCAUUGAUUGUACAAUUACAUCUUUUCGGAUGCAGAGAUUUCUUUUGAAGUUUGGCACUAUGUGCUUAAUCUAAAAACUAACAGUUGUGUUGUAUAAUACAAUAUGUUACAGUUUCACCCACAAAACAGUCAAUUCACUUUACAGUAUAUUUUGUG